AUGAGCUCCUCAGAUUCUCCAUCUGGCGGUCCCUCGGACCCUGUGCAUCACGUCCUUCUCAACACCGACAACGAUCGCCAACAUCCCAAACCCAGCCACAACAGCCAUGGCGGUGGCCUCCUCUCCAUCCACCACGAAGGCGAAUCCGGCCGCUCCGGCAUCCACCUGACGUCGUUCCUCCGUAUUCUCUUCCGCUCCAGCUCCCAAGUCAGCAUGGCGGUCAACAUCCUUUGGCCAUUCGUCCCCGUUGCGAUCAUCUUGCACUACAUCCCCGGCGCCCACUCAGACACGCUCAACAAAUGGGUCUUCGCCACCGCGUACAUCGGCAUGAUCCCCGCGGCCAACCUGCUUGGUUUUGCAGGCCAAGAACUCGCAAGGAAAAUGCCCAAAGUCGCGGGAAUCCUCAUUGAGACCGCUCUGGGCAGCAUCGUCGAAAUCGUCCUAUUCGUCAUCCUCAUUGCCAAACACAAGAAUCCCGAACCUGGCGACGACGACAAUUCUGCGGAAGAGGGAAAUCUGAUCCCCGUCAUCCAAGCCGCGAUUCUUGGCUCCAUCCUCACGAAUCUCCUGCUGUGUCUAGGCCUCUGUUUCUUCUUCGGCGGAGUCCGGCAAAAGACACAGACUUUCCACGCUGUCGUCAGCGAAGUCGGCAGUGGCUUGCUCCUUGUGGCAGGAUUUGGAUUACUAAUUCCUUCGGCCUUCUACUCGGCGCUGAAAGGCGAGACCAGACCCAGCGGGUUCUCUAAAGAGAAAUUGCAAAGUGAUGUGUUGAAGAUCAGCCAGGCGACGAGCAUUAUUCUCAUGAUUGCUUUCGUGAUAUACAUCUUCUUCAACGCACGAUCUCAUGAUUCCAUAUUCGACGAGAUCCUCGAGGCCGACGAACUCCGCGACACCGACCACGCCUACGACGUUUCCAAGGAGAAAUUAACCUUUACCGAAUGCGCCAUCGCCAUCAUCGCCAGCUUAACACUCAUCACACUCCUUGCCGUCUUUCUCGUUGAACAGAUCGAAACUAUUGUCCACUCAGGCGUACCGGACCAGUUUCUGGGUCUGAUCCUGUUGCCGCUGGUCGAAAAGGCGGCCGAACACUUGACGGCCGUCGAUGAGGCGUGGGAUGGGCAGAUGAAUUUCGCCCUCUACCAUUGUCUGGGACCUAGUAUCCAGACCGCGCUGUUCAAUGCACCGCUCGUCGUGGUCGUGGGCUGGGCUCUAGGAAAGCCAAUGGAUCUCAACUUUGAGAUCUUCAUGGUCGCGCUACUCGUUCUGGCGAUCCUUGUCGUCGGCAAUUUCCUCCGAGAUAAGGAAAGCAAUUAUCUCGAAGGAGCACUUUUAGUGAUUGUCUACAUCAUCAUUGCAAUUGCAGCAUUUUACUAUCCUGACCCAGAUGUGGCGACGACAAAUGAUGUCGAUGGUGUACCGGUCACCGCAAACAUGGAAACUGUUCUAGCAACGGCGAAGGCUUCGGUUGACGCGGCCUUGCAUUUCAAUGCGCAGGACAGACUCUCUGGUUGA